AUGUCGCGUAUCUACUCGCUACUGGCCUAUGCUGCUCUGCCCCUGAGCGCCCGUUGCGCUCUCAGUGCGACGUCACAGCUGUUCCAACUAGCCGGAUCAACUGGCGGGCUCAACAACGUGAAAUUGAGCUGGGAUCUCGUCGACGGAGCGGUUGCAUACAACAUACAACAGAAAGCUGGUUCCGGCUCAUACGCCACCGUCGCAUCGGCCCCAGGCAAUGGCUACGACGUCUAUGGCCUGCAGGGCUCCUCCACCUUCCAGAUCGAAGCCGUCGACGCCAGCAACAAGACCUUGGACAGUUCCGCGGAGCUCCACUUCACGGCCGGGGCCAACCCCAGCCCCGAACUGGCCGCGUACGACAACACGGCCGCAUCCACGCUGAAGAUCAAGAGCAAGAUCAAGGGCCCGGACGGGACGUACUACAGGCACAACUACGUCACGGACGCCAACGGCUUCAGCCACAUCUCGCAGCAGACAUCCGCCGACGGCUACGCGUUCUCGGGCGACACGCAGGUGCUGGCGAGGGCCGAGGCCUGCGCGUCCACCGGCGACGGCACCUGCAAGCUCGAGUCCAUCAGCUGGGCGCAGCGCCCGGCCGACGGCCGCGUGUUCAUGUGGGCGCACUUCGAGAGGGCCGGCGACUACGCCCUCGGGCAGGUGGCCGUGGCGUACGGCCACCCCGGCGGCGGCAACCUCACCUUUGGCGGGGCGUUCCGGCCCGGCGGCGACGACUCGCGCGACAUGACCUUUUUCGCCGACGACGACGGCGCCGCGUACAUCGCCUGCGCGACACACACCAACACGGACCUCGGGCUGUACGCCCUGAGCGACGACUGGACCAACGUCUCCUCCAAGGUGGCGACGCUGCAGCCGGGCGAGCACCGCGAGGCCCCCGCCCUGUUCAAGGUGGACGGCUGGUACUACGUCUUCACCUCGGCCGCGGCGGGCUGGUACGCGUCCGGGGGCAAGUACAUCUCGGCGCAGAAGCUGGCCGGGCCGUGGUCCGCGUCCCGCGGCAUCGGCAACCUCAACACCUUCGGCGCGCAGUCGGGGCAGGUGGCGCGGAUCGGCGACGCCUUCGUCGAGGUGGCGAACCGGUGGGCUGCGAACUGGGCGCACAGGGAGGCGGGCAACCGGCAGAUCGUGCUGCCGAUCGCCGCGGCGGGCGGCGCGGCGGCGUACCACUUCUACCACGAGGUCCGGUACGACGACGACACGGGGGUCGUGGUGCCCGUGCAGAGCGGCCGCGUCCUCAGCGUCGGGAGGCCCGCCAGCGCGAGUGUCAACGUUGCGAAUGCGUCGCUCGCCAACGACGGCGUCCAGGACCGGGAGGGGAACCUGUUCUCGCCGGGGGCCGUGCCGUUUUGGUGGGAGGUCGACCUCGGCGCCGACCACGGCGUGGCGCAGGUCGACCUGACACCCAGGCAGGUCGGCGGCUCCGAGACGUAUGUGCAGUACAACGUGACGGGCAGUGCAGACCGCAAGACGUGGACGACGCUUGUUGAUGAGGCUGGCAACCAGUCUCCUGGGUUCAGGACGGCUGCUGUCUCGCACGCGGGGAGGUUCCGCUACGUGAGGGUUAAUGUUCACAGUGUUGUUAAUGUCCAUAAUGAUGAUGAGGCGGACUGGGCGGCUGGGCUGCAUGAGGUGACAGUAUAUGGGGACUAG